AUGGCCAAGAGAAGUGCUGAAGAAGAUAUUAUUGGUCAGAAUGAGCCAAACACAGCUGUAAAGACCUCCGAAGGUUCUCUUCCCACCACAUCCAGUCAACACACUGUUACUGGAGACAAAGAUGAGAUGGAUGUAGGAGAGUUUGAAGAUCCAUACGGAGAUGAUUUCGAAAGUGACGAGGAAAUCAUUGAGCUAGAUGAACAGGAUAAUGACAUGGAUGUGGAAAUGGAUGAAGAACAAGCCGAAAGGAAAAUUGAAGAGUUGGAGAACAAGGAAAGAGAGCAGGAACAGGAACAAUAUGAAUCCUCCAUAUAUUUACCACACAAAUCGAAACCUUUAGGGCCAGAUGAAGUAAUGGAGGCCGAUCCUACUGUUUACGAAAUGCUACACAAUGUUAAUUUGCCUUGGCCUUGUUUAACAGUUGAUAUCAUUCCCGACAAUUUAGGUAAUGAACGAAGAACUUAUCCUGCCACUGUGUACUUGGCAACUGCAACUCAAGCAGAAAAAAGCAAAGAUAACGAGUUGAUUGCCAUGAAAGCAUCAAGCUUGGCAAAGACUUUGGUGAAAGACGACAAUGAUGAUGAUAAUGACGACAAUGACGAUGACGAUGAUGAUGAUGAAAUGGAUGCUGACCCAAUUUUGGAUUCUGAAACGUUGCCAUUGAAGCAUACCACCAACCGAAUCAGAGUAAGCCCUUUUGCUUCGCAGCAAUCUGCAGAAGUGCUCACUGCUACUAUGUCUGAAAACGGUGAUGUUUACAUUUACGAUCUUGCUGCUCAGUACAAGGCUUUUGACACUCCCGGUUUUACAAUCCCGAAAUCGCUGAAAAGACCCAUCCACACGAUACGUGCACAUGGAAAUGUUGAAGGAUAUGGUUUAGACUGGUCUCCUUUGGUGAACACGGGAGCAUUGUUGACUGGUGACAUGUCUGGUAGAAUACAUUUAACAACCAGAACAAAUACAAACUGGGUAACCGAUAAGACACCUUUUUUUGCGUCGCAAUCAUCUAUAGAGGAUAUACAAUGGUCUACAGGAGAGAAUACAGUCUUUGCAACUGCAGGUUGUGAUGGGUUUGUCAGGAUUUGGGAUACAAGGUCUAAAAAACAUAAGCCAGCAAUCUCAGUUAAGGCAUCUGAUACUGAUGUCAAUGUGAUCUCAUGGUGUUCCAAAAUCAAUCAUCUUUUGGCGUCUGGUCAUGAUGAUGGUACAUGGAGUGUAUGGGAUUUAAGAAACUUUACUAAACCUAACCCAUCACCCGUGGCCAAUUACAAUUUCCACAAGGCUCCUGUAACAUCGAUCUCCUUCAAUCCAUUAGAUGAAUCUAUCAUAGCCGUAAGUUCUGAGGACAAUACAGUGACAUUAUGGGAUUUAGCCGUUGAGGCUGAUGACGAGGAGAUAUCACAGCAAAGAAAGGAGUUAAAAGAGUUGCACGAUAUUCCGCCACAACUAUUGUUUGUACAUUGGCAAAAAGAUGUCAAAGAUGUUAGAUGGCAUCAACAAAUUCCAGGAUGUUUGGUCUCCACAGGUGGGGAUGGCUUGAAUAUCUGGAAGACAAUUUCUGUUUAG